AUGUCAACGUCCAUGUCGAUGGUAACGAAUGCGGCGGCCGCGGCGACGGUGACGGUGACGGUGACGGUGACGGUGACGGUGACGGGGCUGCGGAACCCGUGUGCGCAAAUCGACCGGUUCCGGAAAGGGCUGAAGGAGAAAUUUGUCGUGCGGGAUGCGGAGGGGAAUAUUGUCGGGCGCAAGGCUGGGGUUUUGGGGGUUGUCGAGCGGGGCGGGGGGGUUCGGCCCGGAAUGCGGAUUUUGAUUGAGAAGCCACCUGUCCAUGAGGCGUUGGAGUGUGUCUAGCUUAGUGUCGAGUUGGCUGGCUGGGGUGUCGGGGAGGGGUUGCGUUGCAGUUGCAUUUGCAUUUGCAUUUUCUUGUGCUGGGAGUGUUUUUGUUUUCGGGACGAAUCGUGUCUCUAUUCUUAAGGCUUUUGAGACUUUUGUUUCAGGGAGCCGGUUCUGUCCUUUUCUUUUCUUUUUCUUUGGCUUGCUCGUAGAAUAUUUGCCGUCCUCUUUCUACAUAUAGCGUGACGCGGUGAUGUAUCUUCAAAGAAUUCUACAAGCCAGCGAAUGAUGCAGCUCCUCACAUAAGGAAAAAAGCACCUAGU